UUCCGCUGCUUCCCACUCGGGACUGGGUAAAAGAGGAAGGGCGUGGUGGCCACGAGGAGGUCAGGGAUCAAACAGUGGGCGACCUCAAUCCAUUCAUUUGGUGGCCGUACGGGAAGCCCGAUCGAUUGCUAGCAGAGGAAAAGAACGAAUUCAAUUCAAGCGGAAGUGUGACACGGAGAACUGAGAGCGAAGGCAGCACCAGAUUCGGGAGGGCGAGGAGGAGGACGGGGCCAGAGCUCGCCCAAAACCCUCCAAAUCGCGGUCCUCGGGCCACCCGAUCUCGGAGAUCGAGGCUCCACACCCCCUUAUCCGAUUUAUUUAGUCCAAAUUCGUUUUUUUUAAUGGGGUAGAAGUUGAAUUUUUUAGUGCCGAGGUUCUUCCAAUCGACAGAGAACGUGAGGAAAUUGGAAAGGUUUGGUGGCCGGCCCGGAGGGAGAAAGGUUGCUUGGAUCUGACGGCGGUUCCCCAGCUUUUUAAUGGGAGGCCAGAUCGUUUCUUUUGAUGUGAUUUCCAGUUCUACUUCGUCAAAAUCGGAUUUUGAUGAGCAUUUCUCCGUUUCGUGGUUCGGGCUUUCUAAUUAUCCUUAAUUGGUGUCGGAGAUCAAGGCCCCGUUCAUAGAUUUGUCGAAGUCGGCAUGUCCUACUCUCCUUUUUAAUACGAACCGUGUCUUACUUAGUUGUAAUGGGAAGCAACAGAGAGUCUAGAUUCGUUGCCUCCACUGCUCGGGUCGGAGGUGUUGAAUCUUAGCAUUCCGAGAUGGAGAUUUUGCAGAGAUUUGAUCCUUUUGUUUAUCCUCCCCUUGCUUGCUGUUUAUAAGGGCAGCGGGAUGUUAUACUGAGAUGUACUUCCUUGUCGCAUGGUUCUAAAGUGAUAAAUCAUGGCUCAAGAUUUCACCUUACAAGAAGAAGAGGAUGAAGUGUUCUUCGACUCGAGAGACUACGUCUCGUCUGUCUCCGAUUCGUGUCCCGGAAGCCUGGCGGAUAAUGGUUUGUUCCCUGAAGACCAAUUCAUCAGUUGGCCACGGGUUCUUCCCCAGGUCUGGAUCAAGGAUCCUGUCAGCGUGAGGGAACGGCGGGACAAGUUCAUGAAAAUUUUUGGUGUGGAUAUGAUGAACAGCUCCCCUGAAGAAUCAGAUAGUCCUGAUGAAGAGCUAAAGGUGGAUGGUGAUAUUGAGCCGGAUAUUGGUAGAGUCAUGUCAGACUGUGGUGCUGUGCUAAGAAGCCCUUGUUCAGGGGGCAAUUGUUCUAUGUCCAGCUUGUCCAAUGAGGAGAUGGGUGCAUCAUGCAGUGCGAAUAAUUUAGGCAAAGAUGGUAGCUUAAGAAGCCUUCAUGAAGUUGGUUAUAAUAGGAGUUCAACACUUCAUGAACUUGAGAGAAAUUUUGGUCCAUCAUCCUUGACCCAGCAGCUUAUGAGGAAAGAAGAUGAUGCAUCAAUCAUAUCUAAGAAGUCAGUAGAAAGGACAAAGAUUGGAUGGCUCAGAAGAUUGGGUGCUGCUGCUUGCAUGUUGGAUAGGCAAGGGGACAAGUGUAGUUCCAAUUUUUCUAACUUUUGCAGGGGUGGAAGUACUAAGACUCAAAGGGUCAAAGUCCACCCUUACAAGAAGCGAUCAAAGGAAUUAUCUGCAGUCUACAAGCGGCAAGAUUUCAAAGCCCAUAAUGGUGCCAUCUUAACCAUGAAGUUUAGCCCCGAUGGUCAGUAUUUAGCUACCGGAGGUGAAGAUGGAGUUGUGCGUGUGUGGUAUGUAACGGAAUGUGAAAGAACAGAUGAAAAAGACAUUCUUGGAGAUGAUCCUUCAUGCAUAUUCUUCACAGUGAAUGACACUUCUGAGUUAACUCCUCUCUAUGUUGACGAAGAGAAAAAAUUGAAGUCCAGAAGCACAAGAAUAACUUCAGAUCCAGUGUGUGUUGUCAUUCCUCCUGAAGCUUUUCAGUUGUCUGAGGAACCACUUCAUGAGUUCCAUGGGCAUGAUGGGGAUGUUUUGGAUAUUUCAUGGUCAAAUAAUAAGUGCUUACUAUCAUCAUCUAUGGACAAAACUGUUCGCAUGUGGCAAGUUGGUUCCGAAGACUGUGUCAAAAUAUUCCCUCACAAUGAUUACGUGACAUGUGUGCAGUUUAAUCCUGUAAAUGAGGCCUACUUCAUCAGUGGCUCCGUUGAUGGUAAAGUUCGUAUAUGGGAAAUUUCAGUAUGUCGUGUUGUGGGUUGGGUUGAUACUAGAGAAAUAGUCACUGCAGUUUGCUACCGUCCUGAUGGAAAGGGAGCAGUUAUUGGCACCUUGGCAGGCAAUUGCCGCUUUUAUGAUGCAUCAGAUAAUCAUCUGCAGCUAGAUGCUCAGGUCUCCUUGCAGGGCAAAAAGAAGUCCUCAAAAAGGAUAACAGGAUUUCAGUUUUGCCCAAGCAAUCCUCACAAACUGAUGGUAUCUUCUGCUGACUCACAAAUCCGAAUUUUUGAUGGCAUUGAUGUGGUUUCGAAAUUCAAGUGUAUCCAGAACUCUGGAAGUCAGGUCUCUGCAUCCUUCACUGCAGAUGGACAGCAUAUCUUUUCUGCCAGUGAAGACUCCAAUGUCUACAUGUGGAGCCAUCAUGCUAGCGAUGUGGCACCCACAUCUCACCACGUGAAGAGCACCUGGUCUAGUGAGCGCUUCAUUUCGAGCAAUGCAUCUAUUGUGAUACCCUGGUGUGGUCUGCAGUGCAGAAAAUCAGGAACAAACACCUCUGAGGUCCCCCAUUUGCAAAAGGAUGUCUUCAGGGAGAAUGCUGGGCUCAUAGGAUAUGACUUUAAUUGUCAUAUAAAAGAUUUGAUUGGUAAAUACACCUUGAAUUUAUCGCCUUCCAGUUGUUUCUCUCUGAGCCAUGAGUUCUUGGAGUCUCUGCGGAAGAGCUCUGCAACUUGGCCGGAGGAGAAACUUCCCUCAAACUUUGUUGCAUCUACCUUCUACAAGUCCCACUACAAGUCCCUGAAGACUUUUCGCCAGACCACCUCACAUGCCUGGGGUCAGGUUAUAGUUGCUGCUGGAUCAGAUGGAUGGAUCAGAUCUUACCAGAAUUAUGGAUUACCACAACAUCUAUGAUUAGUUUGGCCUGCACAUGGUCGUAUCUUCUUUUUGCCAUAGUACCACUAUAUAUGCUUUUGGCAGUACCUCUUUCACACCGCUCUAUUAUGUAAGUAGAACAUACAAAGGAACACAUCUCCAGUGCUUCUGCCAAUUCUACAUGGAUCAGAAUUAUACAUAAGCUGGUAGGACACAGAGAUAUUGACGCCAUCAAAAGAUCAAGCUAGGCGGAUAAGGCUUGAAUUCUUUGUACAUUUGUGCAGUGUAGGUGAGAUUUUUGGAUUUGGUAUUUUUUCUUGUAUCAGCUUUGGACACCUUUGGGUUUCCUGAUAUGUCAUAAAAACAUUUGGCAAUAUUGGUGUAAAGCAUCCCCAUUGUCUAAGGCGGCAACCGGCAGAUGAGCUGGGUGAGGGUUAACUUGUACUUUCGGAUAGAGGAUACUCAUUCAAUUAUAUAGAUUCUUUCAAGUAUUUCCUAUC